GCUCGUCUGGAUCCAAUGUCAUUCUCUGACCUUGACUCAGUUUUUAAGCUCCUGGUUUUCAAUGUUCUUCGCUUGUUCCUCUUACUACUCUGCUUCAUGAGAACAACCAUGAGGGCCACCGCUGGGACCAUUGUGAUUUUAUCGUUUGCCUUUUUAGCAACAGCUCAGGUGGCACAGAAGUGUUCCGCUCCGCUCAAGUACCCGCACACCCGACUGGAUAAGAAAUUCACAUCCAGACAGACGUUCAGCAGCGGGGAGAAGGUUUACUACGGCUGCGCCGAGGACUUCACUCCAUCCAGGGGGAGCAGAUCUGUGGAGUGUCGGAAUGGAAAGUGGAGCCGACUGACUCUAAAAUGCGAAAAGAUAUCAUGUGGCAACGCCGGCGAUCUCCCCAAUGGACACUUCCGCUACGAAGGUCAAACGUACGUUGGGGAGAAAGUUUAUGCCGAAUGCAACGAGGGAUACAUGCUGAAGGGAAUGAGCUACAUGAUAUGUAAGAGGUCUGGGUGGACUGGUGAAUUCCCAUCAUGUGAAGAGAAAGAAACGACGUGCUCCAGUCCAGUAGUGAACAACUCAGUGAAGAGUGGCAGAGAGGUUUCAGUUCACCAUGUUGGAGACACCAUGAACAUCACCUGUAGCACUGGUUUCCAGUUGGAUGGAGCACAGCAGAUCACCUGUGGGUCCGAUGGCCAGUGGAAGCCGAAACUCCCUCAGUGUUUACUGUUCCCUGAUGCAAGGCCUGCGGGUGGAUGUGAUGCACCACUCAUUGUCAGCGGCUCCAACGCCAACCUUGCUGACAAGUACAUUACGAUGACCUCGUUUUCUUCUGGCGACAAAGUCUACUACAGCUGUGAUGUGGGAUAUAUUCCAGUGGGUGGCAGCAGGACUCGCACAUGUGACAAUGGAAAAUGGACGCCUCUGAAGCUAAGAUGUGAACGAAAGCUGUGUGGCCACGCUGGAGAAAUUUCAAACGGACAGUUCACCUACACUGGCGUAGAGUUUGGAGACACAGCCACAGCUGUGUGUAAUGAGGGGUUUAUACUCGUAGGUCGGGCCACCAGGUACUGCAUGAGCAACGGCUGGGACGGUCGUCCUCCUGUCUGUGAAGCUGUCGAGUGUCAGGAGCCAACAGAGACGAACGCUCAGAGGAGAAAUGUCCAGGAGCCGCCAUACACAUUCAGGAAUGUGAUUCGCUAUGGGUGCCCAGUGGGGAGCCUGGUGGGAUCGAGGGAGAUCUGGUGCACCGACAACGGGACAUGGAGCUCGCCUCCUCCACAAUGCAAAGCUGUAAGAUGUCAGUCACCAAAUGUUCCCAACGCCUUCUGGAUUAACUCUCACAAAAAAACGUAUCGCCCCAUGGAGACCAUCAGUUCGUUUAAAUGCAAGUCUGGCUAUACUUUUACUGGACCAGCACACAUCACCUGUGGCAGUGGGGGCCAAUGGUUGCAGAGGCUUCCAAAAUGUCUUCCCGGAAUGAGGAGGGGCUAAUCUGCUGGCAAAAGUUUGAUCUUAUAAUAUUUAAUCCAAUUUCCACACACUCAUUUAUCAAUACCUUUAACAUAAUCACGGUUAAAAAUCAACCUUUAAUAAUUCACUGUUUAAUAUUUUUGCUCCUGUGUACAAUCAUUACAAACACAUUAAAUACGUCGAAAAGGAAGCUGAAGUACAGUAUGUUUAUUUUUAAUAAGUGUCUUGGGCAGUAACAAGUGUAAACCUGUUUGAUUCCCCUCUGUACAAAGUUGUUUUUGUCCGCCUUUUUUUUCUCCAAACUGCUGAUAAUGUAUCAUCUCUAUAGACUAAACGGUGAGUGAGCAUCUUAUGAACAAACAAGCUACAAGAAAAAAAAAAGGAACACAAAUUGCAUUCAUUUAAAAAGACAAUACAAAAACCAGACAUUUCUUUACAUGAGCAAUAACAUUUCAAGUGCAAAUAUCAUUAUCAAACUCCAAUACAUCAUAGCAAACUAUUGCUUUAAAGGCAACACCUCAAUAAAAACCAACAACAACAAUAACAGGUUGCAGGAAAGAAGCUCUUUCUGGUAGGAAGAGAGGGGUGCAUGUGGGUCACAUGAGCGCACCAAAAUAAGAGAAUAUUCUGUCUGAUGUAUAAGUGAAAUGUGUAUAGAAAGAAUUAUAAACUGAUAUAAGAGGUCUGACCCAACGAUGCCCUCAGAUUUGAUAGUGAGGGCACAUUCCCUUUGUUUAAUCCAGUAUGGUCCAUGGGAUAUAGUGUCCUAACAAACUAAUUUUUAUUUACAAAAAAUGGGGGGAAAAAAAUACAGGAGGGCAAGUUUUCUUUCUCUUUAUUAAUGUCCAGGUCAGUGGAUUUUUAGGGUCGAGUGUUGACUAAGCAUUCAUUCAUUCAUUGUUCCUAGGUUGUUUAAAGCGAUGCUGACUAAAUCUUGGGCUAAAGUUUUCCCACUGGGAGGAGCUCAGGAAGUGCCUGGUCAUAAAAAAGUGACAUUUACCCCAAACUCAACACACCAAUUAAUCUGUGUCUAAAGGUGAUUUUUUUUAUUUAUUUUUUUUUUUAGAGGUGACAAUUAUGUUUUUGUACACACAGGGUUCCCACACAAUCUGGAAAAAAAUCUGGAAUUGAAUGGAAAAUAUUUGUCAGGUCUAAAAGUGUGUGUUUUCAGACUUUAUCCCCCAUCAGUUUCACAGUGGUAUUCAACUCAGUAUGUUUAUUCAGCAAUACUUCUUUUUUUUUUCAGGCAACAUACUUUAAAAUUGAACCAACAAAGAAUAAAAAGUUUGGAACAGUGAGUCUGGAAAAGUAUGGCAUUUUGAGAUAAAUAUGUGUAGGAAACCUGUGUCCAAUACCAGACAAAUCUUUUGUAAAAUGUCAUUUAAAAGGCAAAUGAGAAAAUUUCCUCAAACAGUAAUUCUGGCUGAGGCUUAUACAAGCCAGAAGUGUUAGAUUUUUCUCUACACUUAAAUUAUUUUUACCCUGUUUAGUCACUCUUAAAAUUUUUCACUGUACAAACCAAAUUCUUACUUUUUUCCACAUUUAGCUAUUUUUACUUUUUUUUUUUCUUUCUUUCAUUUACGCCUAAAUAAUUUCUGCCUAUGAUGAAUUGAUGAUAAUAGUAUUAAUAGAUGAUUAAUAGUCUCAACAAGACCACAGCCCAAAACACAUUUUUCAAAUUUCCGUGUGGGUCGCAACUGAGCGGAACCAUUUUUUUUUUCUUUUUUCAUUGCACUUUAAAAAAAAAAAAAAAAAAAAAACAGAAGGGACGGUUGGUUCCAAAUCUAGAGCAGGAAACUACUCGAGCUGCCCGAUCUGAGCGGUCUUUGGAUGAGCUGUCUUCAUUGGGACAGGACACAGACCGAGUUGGGGGUGUUGAGUGUCUUUGGAUUUGAGACUAGCAAGACCUCAGGGGCGGAGAAGCGACUGGAUCUGGGAAGAAGUGUGCUGGACCUAAAAAAUCAGGAUUAAAGAGUUCAACCCUCGUCUAGAUUAAUCUCACUAUUUACAAGACCAAAAACAAAAAUAAUUCGUAAAUCCACAGACGAGUAAUGAGAGAUUAUCAACUUAAUGUUUGUAAAAGAAACAGAGCUAUUAUGGAUUCUGAGCUUCCCUUUUUUUUUUAAACCCUACAGAAUAUUAGUAUGAAGAGUACAUGAGAAAGACAAUGAGACUGAAGAAUUAAAGUGACCUUUUUAAAAAGAAGCAGCAAACAUAAUGUCCCACAGAGACAUUACUCUCACUCUCUGAAACAUGUUUCCACCAGACAUCACAUCAUCCCACCUCUCACGAUCAUUUAUCUCCCGAAUGUCCGCUGGGUUCUGUGGAAUGACAAACCACACUUUCGUGUUUGCUUUGUAGUUGGUUUGGAACAACAACAACAACAACAAAAAAA